UGUUACUUUUGUGGUGAUUACAACACGGUGCAAUCGGUCGGGCCCGUGGAUGCCGUGCCACCUGGUGCGCUUGAAGAGAUGGAAGCGGCUCGUGUCAGACAAGAGGAGAGCCGUCCGGAUCUGGAUCAUCUGGACAGCGCCGACAAUUUGAACCGCCAAUCAUCACAAGACCGUGCCGCGGCGCGACUAUCAGCGGUCGCCAACAGUGCGGGUAACCAGAUGCUUCAGCGACAAGAUGAGGUUCGAGGUUCUGUCUCUGGAGCCGGUACUGCUGCAGCCGCCGCGGCCACGGCAGCCGGUUUGCAGCCAGGCUCCAGCGCGGAUGACCCCAACAAUACCAAUACGGUGGUUGCCUCUGCCUCGACUUCCAUGGAAGAUACUGAUGUGGACGAGACCCACAUCCCGCGACAACGCCUCGAGUCAUCGGUAGAUGCUCAAGUGGCAGAGCUUGGCGACAUGCUAGCCCAGCUUCGCAACACCUCGGCAUCCUAGCAUCUGCAGCAACUGCAGCAACUGCACUCCUUCUUAGUCUUCUGUAGCUCAUGCCCUAUCAUCAUCAUCUCAUCGCUUCCUUAUGUUAUCCC